UCUAACUUGUUGACACCUACCAAUAGAAGAUAACCUAGUCACGUUCAUGCGACAGUCAAAAAUUAAAAUAUAUCAAUAGUAAACUGAAGAUUUGUGACACAAAACGUCUCUAACAGUGGCAAUGGAUGAUUUAUCUAAUGAACUUAAUAACCGUGAGGAAGAGUGGACAGCGAUUGACCAAACGCCAGACCUUGUUGUCGCAGUAGAUAUUGGAACCUUUGCGAGCGGAUAUGCAUUCCAAUGGCGUGAAGAUUUCGAACACGAUACUCUUAAAAUUUAUGGGAAUAAACACUGGUCUGCAGAGUGUUAUGGUAGUGGUCUACAAACCUACAAAACUCCAACAUGCUUACUCCUAGACCAAGAUGGAAAUUUUAAGGAAUUUGGAUCUGACGCAGACAAGUUGUACAGCAAUUGUAAUACAGAGGAGGAAACGGAAAAGCCUGAUGGAUGGGAAAAUUACUACUUUUUUCGUCAUUUCAAGAUGGCCCUUUAUAACAGAAAAAUGCUUUCUGAUGCAACAUCCAUUGAGACCGUGGAUGGCAAACAGCUGCCAGCUAUCGAUGUUUUUAGCAAAACUAUCGAAUUUUUCCGGAAUAAAGUUAAAGAUCACUUCGAAAAAUGUGGAACUGUAUACAUUGAAGAGAAUACCAAGUGGAUCAUAACUGUUCCAGCAAUAUGGGACGAAUCAGCGAAACAGUUAAUGAAACGAGCAGCCCUCAAGGCCGGCUGUUGUGGGCAACAUUUAGAUAUUGCUCUCGAACCAGAGUGUGCGGCCAUUUAUUGUUCCAAACUUUCCAGGAGUCAGACAAUGGUACAUGAUACGUAUGGAGAGAAAAUUAUCCAAGCUGUACGGGCUGGUUCAACGAUAAUGAUAGUAGAUAUAGGAGGCGGGACAGUUGACAUAUCAGUGAUGAAGAUAAAUGGCGAUGGUACCAUGAAGCAAGUGUACAAAUCUGGUGGUGGUCCAUGGGGUGGUGUAAAGGUGAACGAGAAAGUCCUAGAGCUUCUCAGUGGCAUGAUCGGUAGAGAAGUGAUGUCCGAAUUUUCUCAAAAGUAUGGAAAUGAUGAAUAUGACUUACGAAUGGAAAUUGAAGUGGCAAAGCGAAAGGUAAAAAGUCAAAGUGCAGAGGAAAAAGGCUUUCAAAUCCAUGCUCCACACUCUCUCAUCUCAGUGUGGCAGUCAAAAUGUGAAAAUUAUAAAGAGCUAUUGAGAAAAUAUGAUGUAGAAUUUAAAUGUUCAAGAUUUGUAUUCCAACUCGACAAAAUCAGAGCUUUCUUUGAGCAAACCAUUAAAGAAAUACUAAAACAUGUAACUAAAGUUCUACAGAAUGAUCAACAACGGGGAAUUAAACCUAUUGCAGUAAUUGUUGUCGGAGGCUUCUCAGAAUCCGAAUAUGUCGUAGACACCUUACGAGAAGGCCUGAAAGAAAAACGAAUUCCUGUUCUGCGACCACAAGACCCUGAAAAAUCCGUUUUGAAUGGAGCAGUACUUUUUGGUCAAAACUGUAGAAUAAUUGAAUCACGAAUUAUGACACAUACAUAUGGUAUCGCCAUGACCAUGGAAUUUAAUGAGCAACUACAUUCAGAAGAUGAGAAAUACGAAAUCGACGAUGAGGUAUUUGCAAACAACGUAUUUAGGAAGCAUGUAACAGAGGGUGACAGUGUUGAACUGGACAAAUGGAUUAACAGCAAAGAGUACUACCCAACCUAUGAAGAUGAGUCGGAAAUUCAAGUUUAUGUCUUCACAUCUGACAAACGGAAUCCCAUUCACACAACUGAAGAGGGGUGCAAAUGUAUUGGACAUUUUGACGUGAAAUUUGCAGAUAGCAUAAAUGACACGACUGAAGGCAAGAAGUCUGUAAAGAUUGAAUUUAAUUUUGGAGGUACUUUGUUACGCAUAAGAGCGGUGACGACGUCGUCUGGUAGGACAUCAGUAAAGGAACUGCAAAUCAAAAACAAUGAAAUGUUCAGUUGAGCGUUUCGAAACAUACAGUUGCAGACUAUGUCACAGUGAACAUUGAAAGCUAGCUAAAAAGUAUUAAUUUUGAUAAAAGUUACAUAUGUUUUAAACGGUUUGUGACUUACACUUCUGUUGUGUUAACUACUUGCUACUAAAUGCAUUGUUUGUAUUGUAAGGGGAAUAUAGCAAGUACUAAAAGAUUAUAUUAUUAAAUACAAUUAAGGCUAAAGGACAAACAAAAUGCUUACAUUAUUCGUGAUUGUGUUAGGUGUACAUAUUAGCUACACAUUUAUAGAAAUACAAAUAUAUUACUGUUAAAUAUGCUACAUUGCAUGCGCAUUGUUCGAAAAUAGAAGUUCGAUUUUGACGGUCAGUGAUUGUGCUAAUACCAUUCGUCAGCAUCAGUCUCCGUAAUAUUUCUUGUCAUAUUAAAUAAAAAGGAUUUGUUUAUUACAUAACAUUUAUGUCAGUACGUUUUACCUUCUGACAAAUUAAAGCAUAACAAGUU